AUGUCCAAAUUGUCAAGCGUCGCUAAGACUUCCAUGAUGGCCAUGAAGGCCAGCGCCAAAAACGCUCUGAGAUUGGCUUCCGCUGCUUCUGGAACUAAGACCAUGACUGUUAGAGAUGCUAUCAACUCCGCUUUGGCCGAAGAAUUGGACAGAGACGACGAUGUGUUCUUGAUGGGUGAGGAGGUUGCCCAGUACAACGGUGCAUACAAGGUAUCUAGAGGUUUGCUCGACAGGUUCGGCGAAAGGAGAGUGAUUGACACCCCUAUCACUGAAAUGGGUUUCACCGGGUUGACUGUGGGUGCUUCCUUGGCCGGCUUGAAGCCAAUCUGUGAGUUCAUGACUUUCAACUUUGCUAUGCAAUCCAUUGAUCACAUCAUCAAUUCCGCCGCUAAGACCUUGUACAUGUCUGGUGGUAAGCAACCGUGCAACAUCACCUUCAGAGGCCCCAACGGUGCUGCUGCCGGUGUUGCUGCUCAGCACUCCCAGGACUAUGCUGCUUGGUAUGGUUCCAUUCCAGGUUUGAAGGUGAUCUCCCCUUACUCCGCCGAGGACUAUAGAGGUUUGUUAAAGGCCGCCAUCAGAGACCCUAACCCUACUGUGUUCUUGGAGAAUGAAAUACUCUACGGUGAAUCGUUUGAAAUCUCUGAGGAGGCGUUGUCCCCUGAUUUCGUUCUUCCAAUCGGUAAAGCUAAGAUCGAAAGAGAGGGUUCUGACAUCACCUUGGUUUCUCACACGAGAAACGUUGGUCAUUGUCUUGAAGCCGCCGAGAUCUUGAAGGACAAGUACGGCGUCAAUGCUGAGGUCCUUAACUUGAGGUCCAUUAAGCCAAUGGACGUUCCAGCCAUCAUCAAGUCUGUGAAGAAGACCAACCACUUGGUUACUGUCGAGGCUGGCUUCCCUGCCUUUGGUGUUGGUUCUGAAAUUUGUGCCCAGAUUAUGGAAUCCGAGGCCUUCGACUACUUAGACGCUCCUGUGGAAAGAGUUACCGGUUGUGAAGUUCCAACUCCAUACGCUAAAGAAUUGGAGGACUUUGCUUUCCCUGAUGCUGAAAUUGUGUUGAGAGCAUCUAGAAAGGUUUUGGGAUUGUAG